UCUUACUUUAAUAAAAUGGCCGCUGUCUCUUUGGGUCGUUCUGUCUUCCUAGUCAGGCAUGUUGGAGUCUCUAGUUCCCCCUGGACAAUAAUGAGAACCAGGAAAAUCCACACAGCCUCUUUCAUGCUACAACCUGGAAACAAGGAAAGACGAAAGAAAGCAUACACGUUAGGCGUAACACACAGUUGGCCGUCAAGAGGUUCCAUACAAAAGGACCAAACCCCAUUACUUCAGGACCUUUACAUUCGUAAACUAAUAAUGGGGACUUUCCCUGGAGUCGAUGAAGUCAUAAUACAAAAGAAAGCAAAUAAUAUCACUGUGACGUUUUGGAUCAAUCUCACAGCAUACCGAUCCCAAGCACCCAGCCUGUACUUCCUGUCAGCAUACACUGAGACAAUACUGAGUCAUUGGCUAGCAGUUAAUGUGAGUGUGAUUGUGAAAGGGUAUUUUAAGAAGGCUACAUUUAUUUAAUUAUCAUGUAACAAAAAUUAAUCCUAUAUUUUUCAUUAAUUGUUGCAUCUCAUUAUAAGGAGUUUGUUUGUUUAUGCAUCUAGCAAAUAAGUGUUUUAAAAUUUAAAAUGAAGGAAAACUGAGAUAAAAC